AACAUUUAUUUCUAAGAUGGCGUAACAUCUUUCUUAGUGUAGACUAGACCACUGUUGUAGCUGUAGUCUAGAUCUAGAAUCUAUUUGUAAAUCCCAUAACUCGGAGGAUAUUAACUAAAAUGGACAAAUUAUUGCUUUUCACUGGACUUCCUGAGAAUACUGAGUCAAUUCAACUACAUGGCUUUAUAGAGAAAUGUUUUAGCCAUGAACAAUUAAAAGAUUUGUGGAUGGAUCCCAGACAAGAAGCAAGAGCUGUAGCAUUAUUUGAAAAUGUCAUAGAUUAUGAAAGAAUUCAAUCUAAAAUGGAGAGAAGACAGUUCACUUUGGAAGACAAUCAAAUUUUUCUUGAGAAGGCUAACCCCACUAAUAGUGUAUUUGUUCAUACAUAUGGUGCAUUUACAUCUGCUGCAGUAGAUAAGCUAAGAAUGCUGUUUAGUUCAAAGAAAUACAACUGUGGUCAAGUGAAACAAGUUGUAGAUAUGACAGGUGGCGUGUUCGAAAUCAUUUUUGAAAAUGGAUGGGACUCAGUUUUUUUAGCUUGUCAAAGUGAGUGGAUAGCUGAAAAGAAAAAGAUUGAUGUUUGGCCAUUUUUUGAUUGCUUUAAGGAACCAGCAGAUGAACAGUAUAAAAGAUUACAAAAAGGCUUGCAACUUGUAUCUCUAAAAACAAUUCAGUCAGAACUUGCAUCAGAUUCAUCUACAACAAAUGUAACAAAACAAGAUUCAAAAGAAAAAAAUUAUACUAAAAGAUUUGACUUGAAAAAUAAAUUAGUAGCAUUUUUGUUGCUUAACUUAGAGUUUGAAUCAGCUGUAAGAGAUCUGAAAGUGGAAAUAGAAAUUACGGCGAGCAGUGAUAGCUGGUUGUUUACUUUCAGAGGACAAAGAGAUAAAGUUAAACAGCUUUAUAAAUUAAUGGCUUCUUUAGAGAAUCCAGAGAAUCAGCUCUCUCCACGUGCACUGGCAUUUUUCUGCAGAAAACGUGUUGAAGCACAGUUAAAACAACAUUUCCAAAAUUCUGGACUUUGCAUAGCUUUUGCUGAUGAAGAAAAUCUUGUCAUCACUAUUAAAAAUAAAAUAGAAAAAGAAAUGCCUUUCAACAAGUUUAUGAAAUCUCUUUUAAAAACACAGCCAGUUGUUAAACUAACUAGUAAAGACUACCAGUAUGGUAAAGAAUGGGAAGCAUUUAAAAAGUCAUUCAACAGGACUUACGGAUUUAGUCAAGUUUAUAUACAUGACAACUCAGUUUACUUGAUGUAUUUGUCACCAUAUAGAUCUGAAUUAAACUUUUUAAUAGAAGUUAUUAAAAAGGGAAUAGGGUUGGAGAAUCUGGAAGAAAGGGAUGUUGAAAAGGAAAUUAAAACAAUUUGUUCAAGUGACCUAAUUUGGCUGUUUAAAGUUCUACACUUUGAUAAAGCUGUGAAUAAACAUUUUCAAGGGAUGAUUUAUUUUAAUGAAAAAGAAAACCAAAUGAAGAUCACGAGCACUAGAGAAGGCACUAAGGAAAUUCAGUUGAUAAUUACUGCAUGUAGUGUUGAGGUCAGCAAAGAAGAGAAACAAUUUCUUAAAGAUGAAACUGUUAGAAUGAGCCUAAAAUCACUAUUUGAAAAGAAUAAGUGCCAUUUUGAGUUCAAUAUAGGAGAAAAAACAGCUGUAUUUAUUGAGACUAAAAGAGGAGAAAAGAUUAUUUUCAGAGAGUUCCUGUUAAAAAUUUUAGUGAAACUAGAUUGCUCAUUUUUUCUAGACGAACCCUCAAAAAGCUAUGAUCAAUGGAUUCCAUUUGUGGAAUCAGUAGUCAAAGCAGAAUCUCUUAAUUCUCCUAUACAUGUAAUUAUGGAAGACUCAAAAAUCAAACUUCUAACAGUACCAGGGAAUGAAGACUUGACUGCCUCUAUUGUUGAAAAAAUUAAAGAAAGUAUACAUGAACUCAAAUUUAAAAAUGAUAGCUCUAAUACACUAAAAGAUUCUAGCAAGGAGAGAACUAUUAGUAAAGACUCAAACAAAGUGUCUGCUAAUGCUAAAUUAAAAAUUGAAACAAAGUCUUUACAAAUAGAUGAAAAAAAAUAUGAAUAUAGCAGAAGAUUUUUAAUGGAUGAAUUUUGUAAAAUAAAAAAAACUUUUAACUGUUCGAGUUUGAGGUUUUUUGAUGGUGCCAUUCAUAUUGAAGGCAGUACACAGAAUGUGAGUUUGGCUUGCAUAGAAAUUAAAUCUCUAAUUGAAAGAAUUAAUAUCCAGAACAAAUGUUUGUCUUUUCCUGGUCUGCUGACAUUCAUUGCAUCUCCAGAAGGUUCAUCAAUUAAAGAUGAUAUUUCAAAAAAAUUCAAAUGUAUGGUUGAAUUUUCAAAUAUAAGGUCUAAAAAUUCUCCUAGACUAGAAGCUGUAGAAAAAGAGACAGUAAGAAUAGAUUACACAGUUUUGUUGCUUCAUUCAGCUAGAUUUGAAGGUUUUAAUAUUCAUCUCACUCAAGGCAAGAUAGGGGACAUGGAACACAAUAUGACAGUUGAAUUUACUCCAUCAAAACAAGAUAAAAAAUCAGUCAUCAAACAGGGGGAAACAUCUCUUCAACUGGAGAUAAUGUUGCCAGAAUGGAAGUCUUGUCAUGUAAAAACAAACAAAGAACACUUUGCUAACCUAAGGUUUAGCUUAAGAGAUGCUGUCAAGCUUGUGUUAGAACAAGCAAAACAAACAAACUGUCGUAAAAUUGGAUUUUCAACCGAAAAAAUACAUCAUGCAGAGUUUGCAUUUCCACUAGAUUGUAUUGCUGAAGUACUGGUAUCAGAGCUUGUGAACUCAUUUGAACUUGCUAGAUACUCACAACGUGAACUAUCUGAAGAGAGGAGUUUGAAUUCAGUUGAUGUAUAUGUAAUAGAGCCAGAAUGCAAUGCUGUUUUUAAAGCCUUUGAUUAUUUUAUUACCAUUUACAAUGGAAAAAUAGAAGAGCCAGAUCAAGCAAGCUGGGAUAAUGUUUGUCCCCAAGAGUUAAGCAGGUAUGACAAUUAUCAUAAUUACGAUGCCAUGGUAGAAGUACGUACCAUCAACCAUGCAAAUGCUGAUGAAAAGACUUUGUUUUGCUAUCCUGUCGAUCAAAGUCUUGAGGCUGAAACAUGUCCAGCUUGUGAUGAGCAUCAAAGUAUAAAAAAAAUACUAUCAGAGUCUUUACAAAAAAUAACAGAUGAAUUUCCAGAUGGGCUAUUGAUAGGUGAAAUGCAUCGUGUGAAUAGCUUUCCUUACAAGAAAGAUGUGGCAGUCUUUUGUUCCUCUCCCUGGGGAUUAGACUGUGAUAAGAUGAUCCAAACUUCACUCACAAAUUGCAUUUUAGCUUCCAAUGAAUUUGAUGCUGUUCACAUUGUUCUACCUGGCAUGCAUGGUGCAUCAAAAUUUCCAAAAAAAUAUUAUUCACAAGCAGUAUUUAAGGAAAUUGAUACCUUACUUGAGACAAAAAAACUACACAAACAAAGGAGGAUUGCAUUAAUUGUCCAAAAUUCUGAUUAUAGAGAAUGUUUUGAAAGUGAAUUGAAGAGACGUUAUCCCCCCAAAACAGUACCUAAAUCUUUAUUUGAGCGCUUUAUUAAUACUUUUGUUUGGACCUCAGAAAAUAAAGAAAAUGAAGCAUAUAUCUGGAAAACCAGAGCCAAUGAUUCUUCAGUUACUAUUUCGAGUUUAUCACAAGAAAACUGUUAUCAAGCUGCUAAAAAUUUGGAAAAGGAGCUCAAUCACUUGCUGAACAAGAAUACAGAUAUACUACAACUUAAUCAACAACAAACUUUAAAAUUUGAGGUAAUUAUGAAACAGUCAAUAGAAAUGUUAGUGUCUGUAAUAUUGGAGAAACACUAUUUUCAAAGCUCUAAUCCUCAUCCUUGCAAAAGUGUAAAAGAAGACAGAAAUUUAUUCUGCUCAACUAUAAGAAUUCAAGGGUUAAAUCACACUGUUGUUAAAGAAUUUAAAAAGAAGAUUACUCAUGAUUUAGAACUGGACACAUCUUUAAAAUAUUUCUCGCAAUUAAGCAUAAAUCAAACUUCCAUCCAAAGUGCUGAAGCUGUUUCAAUAAAUACAGAACUUACAACCAAAAGCCAUUCUUUUACAAGUACAUUUUCUGCAGAUGUUGCACCAUCAUCAUCUACUUUAUCCUUUCAAUGGAAGUACCAAACAAAUGCAAGCACAUACUAUUUUCAGAGUUUUGAACCAAAUUUAAACAAAAUGAUAGAAAAGGCUUUUAUUCAAGGCAAAUUUGGAUUAAAUGAAAUAGAAACUGCACCUUUCAAGGAGAUAAAUUUCACUGAUUGGACAACAACUGUUAAUUAUUGUAAAAAAGCAAUAAUUAGAAAUGAAAUAUUUGAAAAUAUAAAAGAAAAACUACCAACACCAUUAGUUUGGACACCAAUGUAUAAUGAAAAUCAUAAGUUGUUAAGAAUAGAUAACAACCAAGAUGAAUAUAAAAAUAUUGAAACAAAGCUCCAAGAAGAUUUUUCAACAAGUGCUUAUAAAAUAAGCAUAUGGAAAAUUGAGCGUAUUCAGAAUAAAGACCUUUUCAAGCGCUUUGAAAUGAAAAAAAUUCAAAUGAAUAAUAGUCAAGCUUAUUAUUUGUGGCACAGAGCUUCAGAGAGAUCAAGACAUUUUAUUUCUCAACAUGGCUUUCAUCCUCCAUUCAGUUGUAUACCAAAAGGUUUGCACCUUGGUGAUGGAGUUUUAUUCUACUUUGAUGCAAAAGACUGUGUGGAAAGCAAAGAUUUUGUUGGUGAAAUCAGCUAUACCAUUUACCUGAUUUUCUCUGCUGUAUUGUUAGGAAGAACAAGCAAUGGUCAAGAAGGAUUAAGAUCGCCACCAUUUAAAAAUGCUCAAGGUCAAGAAUUUGAUUCAGUUAAAACAUUAAAAGAGUGUAUGAUAUUUAGUGAUAGCCAAGCCUAUCCAUGUCACUUGGUAAGUCUUACAUGUAGGAAAAAAAGAUUAGAGACUCAAAUUUAAGAUGCCACUUAUGACUUUUAUUAUUUAGUUUACAAUUUCAAACCAGCUAGUCUAAUCUUAAAGGUUUUACUGUUUGACUCAUUCAUCUACUGCUUCAUGUUGUAAUUAGAAUUAGCAUUUUCUUUAACUGAAUUCUUAUAAUUGAUUUAGUACCUUUUAAACAGUUUUGGAACUAAAUUUAAUUAUUUUUAAGUGUGUAGCUAUUGUCAAGAGGGAAACUUUUGUAAAUAGGGCUUUACCAGCCAUUAUAUAUUGAAUGUAUAUAGCAUUUUCAUAACUAAUAAUUAGGCCUAUCUCUGUCUUGGUUACUUAUUCUCUAUACAUAUUUAUAAUAUCUGACUGAUAAAACUACCACUGGUUCAUCAAACCAGCUGCUGAUUUCAACCAAAUCUUAA